AUGUAUACUAUAUUAGCAAAUGCUGUCUAUUUUUCGACGGUAUUUCUGAUUAUUGUUAUCCUACUGGCGAUUGCUGCUUCUUGUGAACCACUGAGAUACUACGUUAAAUUUGCUUUUAUCAUAAUAGCUACUGCUAUACCAGCAAGUAUGCAUUGGCCUUUCAUGUUACUACGAAUCGGAGACUGGAGAAAUGCACUGCUAUUAACAUGGAUUGUCAAGACAGCGGUGAAAUUAAUAGGACUGAGAUUUGAGAUUCGUGGGAAAGAAAAUAUUGUUAAAGAUUCGGGCAGCAUUGUAUUAAUCAACCAUCAAAUUGUAGGAGAAUUGUGGCAUUUGCUGGAGAGGUGUGCCGCUGUCGUGAAGAAAGAACUUAUUUAUUAUGGAACGUUUGGAUUAGCAGCUUGGCUCUCUGGAACUAUCUUUGUCGAUAGAGAAAAUAGUAAAGCUCAAGCAAAAAUGAAUGCAAUAGUCAAACAUAUAAAAGAUGUAAAGGCAAAUGUAUUAAUAUAUCCGGAAGGUCAUCGACAUAGUAAUUUUACGCUGUUACCUUUUAAAAAGGGCGCGUUUCACUUAGCCAUUGAUACGCAAUUACCAAUACAACCUGUUAUUGUUUCAAAGUAUUAUUUUCUGAAUUCCAAGCGAAAAAUAUUUAAUUCCGGUACAAGUUAUAUUAACAUUCUACCUGCCAUUCCUACGAAAGGUUUAACAAAAGAAGAUCUUCCAAAACUUAUGGAGGAUACAUAUAGAAUUAUGAAUAAACGCUUCACAGAAACAUCGCAAGAAGCAAUAAAUGAGCACAUAAAUUCUUUCGAAGAUGGAAAAUAAGCAAGAUGUGUUUACAGUAACAUCUCAAUAUAAGCGAGAAUGAAUUGUACAAUAUAAUUUCACUUAUAUGGAUAUUAUUAAUUUAUAUUGCGUAAAUUAAUUUCGCUUAUAUUGUGACUCUGCUGUGAUAGUUUGUUCAAAGUAAUUUUACAAACAAUAGAGAAAGCGGUUAAAAUAGGGGGCUGAGUGGUAAUGAUGUAUGCACUAAUUUAUUUGAAGUACAACUGUGAAAACACGAAACAUGUAUAAUAAUAUAUAUUUGAAAAAAUAAUC